CGCAUGCGCAGGUUUGAAAACAAAAAUUCAAAAAUUUCCAAUGAUUUAUUAUUUUAGAUAAUUUACCGGGCAUCGAUGCUGAUUAAUUUAUAAUAAGAGCUAGAAGAUGGCGCUGCCUCACAUGCCAACAAGCUACACAACCAGGAAGAAUAUUUACGAGGCUGCGAUUGUACGUCGAAGAAAUCAUGAUAAUGAUUUUCAUGAAAAAUGGUCAAAACAUGCAAGUUACUUCAACCAAUCAAAUGUUGAGGCCACAAAGCAGACAGCAUGGCAAUCUAAUGAAUCUUUUCAUAACAGUAUGGAUGCAUAUAGAGACCAACAUGACAGAGAAACCAAAGUGCUACUGUUAAAGAAAAGAAGACUUAAACUUGGGAAGUUGUUGAAGAAUGAAUCAAAUCAGUAUGAGGCUGAGUUGAAAGGUGUCUCCAGAGGGAACUUUGACCUCAUGGAAGAUAUGAAGGAAAGAACUGAUGAACUGAAAAGUGCCAGAGAAGAAAAAAGAAAAAAGAUUGCAGAAGAAAAACUGUAUGACCAUUUCAGAAAAAAUAAUCCAGAUCUUCGAGAGUUGGAGACUGAGCAACACAAGAGACAUGUCAUAGGAGCAUGGGGUGAACAGGCAUCAGAAAAACAACAGGAACUGGAAAAUGCACGAAGAGAGAAGGAGAGAUACGAGGAGGAGUUAGAGAGAAGGAGACGGGCUGCAAUAGAACAUGAGAGGAGUCUAGAAGAGCAGAAAUACAACAAAGAAAAAGAAAUCAAACAAGUAUUAAUGACACAAGUCCAGGAACUCAAAGCUAGAGAGAAAGAGGCUGAUAUUCUGAAGAGGGAGCAAGACCUUCUCCUAAAAGAGCAGUGGGAGCUGGAACAACUAGAGGUUGAGAGAAGACAAAUGGAAGAUCAGAGAAGACAGAAAGAGUUUGGACGUAUACUGCUACGGCAACAUACAGCGGCUCUAAGACGCAAGAGUAAGCAGAUACUGGAGGAGCUAGAGGCAGACAGAAAGUUCUUGGAGUCAAUGAUGGAGAAGGAGAGAGAAGACCAGACAGUUAAAACUGCAAGGAGAGAGAAAGCAAAGGCAGAUGCAGAAUGGAUGAAAAAGGUGAUAGAUGACCAGAUCAGAGUAGAGAAAGUAAGGGAGGCUGAACUAGACAUGUUAUACCAGGAUGAGGCUGCAAGGGUUUGGCAGAAGAGAGAAGCUGAAUGGGCCCAGGAGAGGAAUGCAAGGGAAAGACUUAUGAAAGAGAUUAUGGCUGGUAGACAAGAACAGAUCGCACAAAAAAUGGAGGAAGUGAAACAACAGCAACAGGAGUCACUUGAAAGACGUGAGCAACUUGUGCGUGACAUGGAGUUAGCGCAGCAGAUGACUCAUAGAGAGGCUCAGCAGACAGAGCGUGCUAAAUCUGAGCGUAAAACUGAGCUACAAUCACAGAUGCGUGCCAGACUCCAACAAGAGGAGGAAGAUAGAUGGCGCCAGUUGCAGGAACUUGAGCAAGACAAACAUGCGGAGGAUGAUUACGAGGAAAUGCUCAGACAAGAAGCUGGCAGGAUGAACCUACAUGGCUUUCAGCCUAAGAAACAUAAUAUAGGUGGCGGGUCCACCAGAAGGCAGGCAUGGAACUAGAGUAGACAACAUCACAUCACUAAGCAACCAUGACUUCUGGUCACUAUGGUAACUGAAUCUAUCCACAGCAACACAACAUACUCUGUAUAUCCAUCCAAAUACAACAGUGAGGCAUGAUCUGUGGGUAACAUCAUAUAGGACAUUGGUGUGACCAUGCAUACAAUCCAAUACAAUAUUACUAUACACAAUAGACUAUGUAUAUCAAUUCAUAUU